AUGAUGCAGGCUCUGUGCCUCCGACCGGCAGACAUUGUUUUCAUAGCUCUGGUUUACUACUAUCAGCCAACACAGGCACAGUUUUGUGGAGAUCCCUCUGUUGCAAUAAUUCGGACUUUCAAAACACGGUCACUGAAGAGUCAUCCACAAUCUGUUUGGCAAUAAAAAUAUCAUUAACAGAAGAAAUCACCGUCGUAGUUCCUCUUCGGAAACCAUUUGUCUGCUUUCCAAUGAGAUGAGGAAAAUCCAGGCACUCAGAGACGACUCCUGGCUAUAGUCCUAGUCAGGGAUUCUGUAAACUCUGCUCUCUGUUUCAGCUGUGGAGAGGUAACCAGAAGGCUUAAUUCUCGCAAGGUCCUUCAAUUGUGUCCGAGAGGGAAAAAGGGACCACUAAGCCUGUGCUAAAUUCAUCACAGAUCUUUGUGCAUUGACUGUUUUGGACCAGAGAUUCCGGUCCCCGUACCAGAAACUUGUGACGGGACGGAGGAGUGGACACAAACUAAGGACCCUCUUCGCUACAGCCAGGCGUGUUGGAUGCAGCUGAAUAACAAGCUGAGAAAAAGAAAGAGCAUUGGACUCUCCUGCUCCAUUCAGAGGACUGCCAUCCAUGCGGUGGUAUGAUGAGACGGUGAGUCAGGAUAAACACAAUCAGACGGGAGCAGAUUGAAAGAGGGUGAGAAAGAGGAGUGAGGGUACGAGGUGAGUGUCAAGGUGCCCUCCUGACCCAUAGGUGGUAGCACCAGUCAAGGCAGCAGGAUGACCAGCCUGUUCAGGCGAAGCAACAAUAAUGGAGGCUCCGGUGGAGGGGGAGGUGGUGGUGGUUCUACCCCAGGAGAGCUCAACAACAGCCGGCCUAACCGACAGGUGCGGCGCCUGGAGUUCAACCAGGCCAUGGAGGACUUCAAGAUCAUGUUCCCCACCAUGGAUUACGAGGUCAUCGAGUGCGUCCUGCGCUCCAACAACGGGGCGGUGGACGCCACCAUCGACCAGCUCCUCCAGAUGAGCAUCGACGGCGAGGGAUCAGAUGACAGCUCUGACUCCGAUGAUAGCAUCCCACCAGAGAUUCUGGAGAGGACGUUAGAACCGGACAGUUCCGACGAGGAACCUCCCCCCGUCUACUCACCGCCCACUUAUGACAUGCACAUCUACGACAGGAAGUACCCCGAGGCCCCGCCCACUCCUCCACCCAGGUUUGAGGCCCAGCUCCCUCCAGGUCACCGGCAGGUCCGCAGCUACAGGAACUGGAAUCCACCGUUGCUUGGCAACCUGCCAGAUGAUUUCCUGCGGAUCCUGCCACAGCAACUAGAAAGUAUACAGGGCUCACAGAGCAGUCUGUCCCAGCCUUCUUCCUCCUCCUCUCUGUCCUCCAUUGCCCAGCAGACAACCCAGGGAGGUGUCUCCAAGCCAGGGACUGGUGGAGCCCUAGGGGCACCUGGAGGGCCAGGCGUUCCCGGGGGCAUGGCAGGGGUAGGCACGGAGCAGGAGCGUAAACUGAAACAGUACCUGGAUGAUGAACGCAUCGCUCUGUUCCUCCAGAACGAGGAGUUCAUGAGGGAGCUGCAGCGCAACCGCGAGUUCCUCGUCGCCCUGGAGAGAGAUCGCUUGAAGUACGAAUCAAAGAAAUCCAAGUCCAAUCAUUCAUCCGCUUACAUGGAGAAUUCCACAGCAGGAGAGCACUGUGCUUCGAGGUCGAUGGAGGCUUGUACUGCUGUGUCAGAUGACGCCAUGUUCAGAGACAAACUCAAACACAUGGGCAAAUCAACAAGAAAGAAGCUGUUUGAAAUCGCCAGAUCAUUCUCUGACAAGACAAAGAGAAGAAAGUUAAAAAGAAGAACGCUCCUGAAGCACCAGUCACUGGGCACAGCCAACUCCACAGCCAACCUCCUGGAGGAUGUGGAGGGAAGCCCAGAAGAUGGCCAGCCCAGAAGAUCAGACACUCAGGAAGACGAUGUGCCACACAAGGAGCCUUUGUCAUGAUUCCUCAAGGCUGCACCACAUCAGGGUUUCCAUGGUGACAGCAGAAUGACCCAUGGCUGGUGGCCGCCCAAUACUUUGGCUCCUCCCUCCCCUAACACAGACCAGCCAAUCCCAGGCCCAGAAGUGACCUGGGACCACCCCCUCGCCCAGGAGGAGAGGAAGCAGACUGCUACCACCUAUCCUAAACUCUGACUGUUCAUAACCGCAUUGGAUUACCAUUAUAAUCUCUGUAUUAUAACUCUUCAUUAAUAUAUGAUUUCAUAUGUAAAGGGCAGAUGCAUUAGUCUUUUGACAGUUCUUUUUUUGUUGUUGUAUCAGCUCCCUUUAAUCCCCAUUGCAGAAUGCUUGGCAGCCUUGCUGGUGGUGAUCUUAACAUAUGGACUCAUCUAGUGUUACCAGUCUAAUCUCUUUGAUAUGGCUGGGGUAGGUCACUCUAGAGCCAAAGUGUGCACAAGCACCUCUGAAAUGUCCCAUAAUAAACCAUGUUCACUCCCAGUACCCAUGUGUUGCUAUGCCCAUUUGGUCACAGUUUUAAACAGACAGUAAGCAGUGAUGAUGUGGCGAGUUUUUAAACAACAUCUCAACUAGAAUCACAGCUCAAUCCAAGUUCAAUCUCAUGUUUCCUGAAAGUUCAGGACAUAGAAACAACUUGUAAACAGAGACUCUAACAUUACAGUUGACUCCCCCUUGUAAAUCUGGAUUUGCCUCGGAGCAAUUUGACAGGAGAUGAUAUCAUCAGAGACCUGUGUGUGUCAGUCAAGGGGUUGUUAUUCAAGUUGCCCUGCUCAAAUGUCAACAAACCCUUCUGCUGCACCCUCCUAUAUCAAAGAGGCAUUCAAACCUGCCAAAAGGGUCACUUGUUCCAAGCGGGUCAUAUUUCAUCCCAUAUUGUUAUGUCAAUGUGUAACUAAAUGCCAAGUGUAACCUUUAAUCCCAUUUCAGGAACUCUGACAAACUUAAGAUUUCAUGCGAACUGAAAUAUCCCUCAAGCUAACUGACUGCCAUAUCUCACUAUUCUCAUGUCUUUUUCAAUACAACAUUUAUAUACUAACCCUAUCUCAUUGAGAGUAAGGAGGGGUGCAUAUUGCUGAAUUCGUGUUAUUAAUGAGUACACAAUAAUAUAACUAGUAGAAAUAUUUGAUAAAUAAAUAUGCCAGUGAUCUGUGCACAUUGUUGAUAAACAUGUGUUUUUUGUUAUGUGGUGUAAUGGGAAAUGAACCGUUUGUAAUGGGAAGUGUUGGGUAUGGAGAGAGCAGAACAUGAUAUGGAUGAAGCCUCUGUGAGGUGAGGACUGGCAUUGAUCUUGAUUAGAUGCUGUUGGGUGUAUCGGUAGAAAAGAGGAGAAGGCUGAUGAUGACCCAGCGCUGUGAUAUGAGUUUCAACAGACAGUCGAGCUAGAUUUAAAGUCAACCCUUUGAGCCACUAUCUGAUUCGCAAGGUUUCACAUUGAUCCGUCACUUUCCCAACUAUUGGAAAUGAUUACUGUCUUAUUCUGAAGCCUUCUCCCUGAAGGAUGCUCUUUGCUCACGAUCGUUAAAAAGGAAGAGACAGACUGGUGUAGGAAAUAUGGUGGCAACUCUCACCACUAUGCUUCUAAAAAUUCUAUGUUUUAAAAUUGAUGCAUAAAAGUGAGCAAGCCAAGUGCACACUUUAGGGAGAAGGGUGAGGAAUUGGAACACCAAUUCAUCCACUCUACCUUCUUGGUGAUAGGUCAUGUGUUGUAUAUAAGGAGAAAGGUAUGUUUGGUAAACAUACAGAGAAAGUUUUGUAUGUACAAGUAUUGAUUGUGUGAAGGGAGGCUGAAAUCGACCCUUUCAGUGUUCUUUUUGAAGUCUUGAUGUAAUGGAUUGGGUUUGUAAUGGAUUGGCUUUUUGAAGUCUUGAUGUAAUGGAUUGGGUUUGUAAUGGAUUGGCUUUUUGAAGUCUUGAUGUAAUGGAUUGGGUUUGGAAUGGAUUGGCUUUUUGAAGUCUUGAUGUAAUGGAUUGGGUUUGGAAUGGAUUGGCUUUUUGAAGUCUUGAUGUAAUGGAUUGGCUUUGUAAUGGAUUGGCUUUUUGAAGUCUUGAUGUAAUGGAUUGGGUUUGGAAUGGAUUGGCUUUUUGAAGUCUUGAUGUAAUGGAUUGGGUUUGGAAUGGAUUGGCUUUUUGAAGUCUUGAUGUAAUGGAUUGGGUUUGUAAUGGAUUGGCUUUUUGAAGUCUUGAUGUAAUGGAUUGGGUUUGUAAUGGAUUGGCUUUUUGAAGUCUUGAUGUAAUGGAUUGGGUUUGUAAUGGAUUGGCUUUUUGAAGUCUUGAUGUAAUGGAUUGGGUUUGGAAUGGAUUGGCUUUUUGAAGUCUUGAUGUAAUGGAUUGGCUUUUUGAAGUCUUGAUGUAAUGGAUUGGGUUUGGAAUGGAUUGGCUUUUUGAAGUCUUGAUGUAAUGGAUUGGGUUUGGAAUGGAUUGGCUUUUUGAAGUCUUGAUGUAAUGGAUUGGCUUUUUGAAGUCUUGAUGUAAUGGAUUGGGUUUGUAAUGGAUUGGCUUUUUGAAGUCUUGAUGUAAUGGAUUGGGUUUGGAAUUUUCCCCCAUUGACAAUUUCUGUCUGUUAUCAUUUUCUUGUUUGUUAGUUUUGCUCUCAGCAUUUUUCUCAUAUAGGUCUUCACAAACUCUCUGAACAUGUUUGCCAAUAAAAUGUGUUUAUUGCCCUUGCCAUAAUGAAAAAGAUUUGCCAUAAUGUCA